CCGCAAGGCAUGCUGGGAGCUGUGGCCGCCGCCGGCGCUCUCCGCCCUCCCCGCCGGCGCCUCGCCCUCCAGAGACAGUCCCUUUCGCCACGGCCGUGUCGGCGGGGCUCCUUCUGGGGUCGGGACCUCCCUAAUUGCUCGUGCCGAGGCAGGGAUGGGCGGCGAAAGGCCUCGGGGCCCCCUCGCACGGAACUACAACUCCCAGAAUGCAUUGCGCCGCGAGGGGCGUUUGGGGGGAGGGGGGGAAAGAUGGCGGUUGCUAAACUGAGCCGGAGAGGUGGCUGAGCUUAUUGUACUUCACAAAAUUGAGGACAGAUUGCUCAUUAACAAUGCCUGCUAAAAUUGCUUUGCAACUGGGUUUUCCUAUCAGUCGAUUAACCUUCAUGUGCAGCAUUGUUUAUUAUUGAUUUCUCAAUCAUGGGACAAAAGGGAGUGUGCUGUUGCUGUGCUGCUUUGCGACCUCGCUACAAGCGUCUGGUAGAUAACAUAUUUCCUGAAGAUCCAAAAGAUGGUCUUGUUAAAGCUGAUAUGGAGAAGCUGACUUUCUAUGCAGUUUCUGCACCAGAAAAACUAGAUCGAAUUGGUGCUUACUUAGCAGAGAGGCUGAGCAGAGAUGUCGUCAGACAUCGCUAUGGGUAUGUUUUAAUUGCCAUGGAAGCACUGGACCAACUUUUAAUGGCUUGCCAUUCUCAAAGCAUAAAACCAUUUGUGGAAAGUUUCCUUCAUAUGGUGGCCAAGCUUCUGGAAUCAGGAGAACCAAAGCUGCAAGUUCUUGGAACCAAUUCUUUUGUCAAAUUUGCCAACAUUGAGGAAGACACCCCUUCAUAUCACAGACGCUAUGACUUCUUUGUGUCUCGAUUCAGUGCCAUGUGUCAUUCAUGUGAUCACGAUCCAGAAAUACAAACUGAUUCAUUUCAUGGGAAGAAGAUAGCACCAAAUAUUGAAAAUCUUAGAAUCCGAAUUGCUGGAAUCAGGGGCAUUCAGGGAGUGGUUCGAAAAACAGUUAAUGAUGAACUUCGAGCAACUAUAUGGGAACCUCAGCACAUGGACAAGAUAGUUCCAUCAUUGCUGUUUAAUAUGCAGAAAAUAGAAGACGUUGACAGUAGAAUAGGCCCUCCAUCCUCUCCUACAGGAGGAGAGAAAGAGGAAAAUCCUGCUGUGCUGGCCGAGAAUUGUUUCAGAGAACUGUUAGGACGUGCAACCUAUGGAAAUAUGAACAAUGCUGUCAGACCAGUUUUUGCACAUUUAGACCAUCAUAGACUAUGGGAUCCCAAUGAAUUUGCUGUAUCCUGCUUCAAAAUCAUCAUGUAUUCUAUACAGGCACAAUAUUCCCAUCAUGUAAUACAAGAAAUACUUGGACACCUUGAUGUUCGCAAAAGGGACUCACCACGAGUCCGUGCUGGCAUUAUUCAAGUUCUUUUGGAAGCAGUAGCAAUAGCUGCUAAAGGAUCAAUAGGCCCAACAGUUCUAGAGGUUUUUAAUACGUUAUUGAAGCACUUGCGCAUCAGUGUUGACUUUGAGCUGAGUGAUAGGCGCAGUUCAGCUGGUAGUGCCGCUUUCAGCACAAGCUCCAAGGAGAGUGAUGAGAGGAUUGUCCAGAAUGCUAUUAUUCAAACAAUUGGUUUUUUUGGAAGCAAUCUCCCAGAUUACCAGAGAUCAGAGAUUAUGAUGUUCAUUAUGGGAAAAGUACCUGUUUUUGGGAUAACUUCGCAGUCGCUGGAUACAAGCCACCUUGGGGAUUUGGGAACUAGGAGGAUUCAGAUUAUGUUGUUGAGGUCUUUACUUAUGGUGACUUCAGGAUACAAAGCAACAGCUAUCACUAACGCACUUCCUGCCCCAUUUCUGGACCCACUGUUGUCGCCUUCACUUAUGGAGGACUCUGAGCUAAGGCAGCUGGUCUUGGAAGUACUGCAUAAUCUCAUUGAUCGGCAUGACAACAGGGCAAAACUCAGAGGAAUACGAAUAAUACCAGAUGUUUCUGAUCUAAAGAUAAAACGAGACAAAAUUUCAAGGCAAGAUGUGAGCUUCAUGAAAAAGCAUGGUCAACAACUGUACAGGCACAUCUACCUAGGCUGUAAAGAAGAAGACAAUGUCCAAAAGAACUUUGAGCUUCUUUAUACAUCUCUAGCUCUUACCACAAUUGAACUAGCCAAUGAAGAAGUGGUUAUUGACCUCAUUCGAUUAGCAAUUGCUUUGCAGGACAUUGCCAUCAUCAAUGAGGAUAAUCUGCCAAUGUUUAAUCGUUGUGGUGUCAUGGCAUUGGUUGCAGCAUAUCUAAACUUUCUGAGUCAGAUGAUUGCGGUCCCUGCCUUUUGUCAGCAUGUCAGCAAGGUCAUUGAAACUAGAAGUCUGGAAGCACCUUAUUUUCUACCGGAAACAAUUUUCAAAGACAAAUGCAACAGUCUUCCAAAAUCCUUAGAGAAGCAUGAAAAAAAUUUAUUUUUCCUCACAAACAAGAUUGCGGAAUCGUUAGGCGGCAGUGGAUACAGUGUGGAAAGAUUGUCGGUUCCAUAUGUACCCCAGGUAACGGAUGAAGACAGACUCUCCAGAAGAAAGAGCAUAGUUGACACGGUAUCUAUUCAGGUGGAUAUUCUGCCUGGGAACAGCACGGAGGAUAAGAUUGAUAGUACUGAAGAAAUCACUUUUGAAGCUUUGAAGAAAGCAAUUGAUAAUAAUGGACUUGAAGAACAGGAAAAAGAAAAAAGGCGUCUUGUGAUUGAAAAGUUCCAAAAAGCACCAUUUGAAGAAAUUGCAGCACAAUGUGAAACCAAAGCAAACUUGCUUCAUGAUAGACUUGCACAGAUACUGGAACUCACCAUUCGCCCUCCACCGAGCCCCUCGGGAACGAUGACCAUUACUGCUGGACAUGCUCAUUACCAAUCUGUUCCAGUCUAUGAGAUGAAGUUUCCAGAUCUUUGUGUGUAUUAAGUGUCUUCUGAAGUCUGCUGGACAUUAUUUAGAGUAGAGUACAAUAGAAAGAACAAGAUGAGUUUUCAAAUUUUAUUGUUUAUUUCAUCCAAAUUGACUUUAAAAUAAUGAGGGACAUGAGCCAAAUGCAGAUUAUUUUUUAGCCAAACUCGUGAAACUGUCUUGAGUCAUUUGUUUACUAGUAUAUUUGAAGUUAGGUUUGUUAUAUAUCACAUUCCUUCAUUUUCAUACAUGUAGAAGUUAGAUGUAAAAUCUGUUUUGCCAUAUAGAUGAGUAUUUCAGUUAUUCCAGAAAUUUGUAUUUCUGUAAAUUCCUUUAAUUUGAGGUGUUGUAAUUGCAGGACCUGUUAGAGCUUAUUUCUGUUUUGUUUCGUUUUCCUCCCAUCCCCCUCGAUUUAUGUAUCUAACUAGAAUGCUUUUGGCUUGCUUUGUCUCAAUACAUGUAAUAGUAGAGCAGGACCUUAGUUCCCUUUUGUUCUUUCUCUGUCAUAGUCUGGUUCUUUACUUUGGAAGAUAUUGGGGGUGGGAACAGGAUGGGACAAUACCUUACAUGUGUUCAAGUACAGUAAAUGAAUGAUUGGACACUUGUUAAUAUCUUUGGUUAUAUAUAACGUGCUUUUUAGAUAUAUACCCCCAGUAUCUAUCCUCUGUUACCAGCUGAGAAUUAGUGCAUUGCUUAACAGAUGAAAAGUCUCUUCUUGAAACACUGAAUGGUGCAAUAUUUUUCAUGUCUUAAGAUACAUAGUUUACAGACUGUACUUUUGAAAAUGCAGUAGUAUUUUGCUCUGUCUGCUUUAGUAUAAAUACAUGAGAGAUAUAUUUAGUGUAGCAACAGAUAAACUGAGGGCAUUUUAAAUCAUAAAUACAGAAAAUACAAUUAUAUUCUAUGAGAUGUUUCUCUGUAGUUUAUUACAGCUUUUUAAUUAUAUUUUGGAAGUUGAAAGAAAACUGCAUGAAACCAUUUAAAGACUAAGAAUUUAUUACAUGUGUUUUCAAGCAAAAGCAUUUUUACAGUUGCAUCUGUGUGUUCAUUUUUGUUUCAUUUCACAAAUCUUACUGGAAAUAAUGAAAAUGUAGUAACUUUCAUAGGUUUAUGUAUCUGAGUACACAAUUCAAAUGUAAAUUCAGUAAAACCGAUGGAGUAAAUCACUGAGCUUUUGAUGGUAAUUGACAAAGCUGUCUUACUAAAUUCUUCACGCAAAAAGAAAAAUUAUCUGUAGCUGAUGUCAUAAAUAGAAAUUUGAAGUCCUGUAAUCUAUCUGAGUCUGACUGAAGCAAACGCUAAUGUGAGUGACUUUUCUCAGAUAUCUGUAUCAAACAUAAAACAUUUCAGUUAGCCAGCGGUUUAAAUGAACAGUGAUCAGGCCAUGAGCAAAGUGAGGUAGCUUCAUUUAGGCAUGCUUUGAGCAGGGGCUUGGACUAGAUUACCUUCAGAAGUCCCAACCUAAAUUAAUCUAUGAUUUCAUAAUUCUGAGAUCCAAAUGGUUAUUGUUUGAUGAGCAAGCCAGCUAACUUGCUAAAUAUUCUGAGCAUUUAUGCACCUGCUGUGAAACAGACUUCCAGAUUUUUGAACUGAUGUACAGUAUUCCACUGCACUGCUUUUAAAAGCUUAAUAUGACAUGACAUCAGAGAAAUUCCAGCUACUUAAACCUAUGAGAUAACAUGCUGAGACUUUCAGAAACCAUUCGCAAAACUCAAAAGGUAAUUGAGACCUUCUUUUCAGUUUAACAGUGCAAUCACAGCUGUUAGUGGAUGACGAAACAGCCCUUUACCUACAGCAUUCCGUUGUGAUUUUUACUGCUGCAGCGUAUGAGCCUGAUCAGACCACAGUCUGCACAUAAGUAGGACUCGUUGUCACUCUAGCUUUUAGUUUUCAGUUUUUGUUUUUUUAAGGUAAGACAUAAUAGUUUAUACCUAUAUAAGGAGUGUAAUUUUUUAAAUAGUAAAUAUAACCUAGGGAUACAAUGUAAAACACUUAUCCACUCUGUCAUUUUUUAGGGUAACACUGUGCACUUUUGUACAAAAAGAAAAAUAAGCAGUCUAAAGAAUAAGAAAUACAGAAUGUACUUUUGUUUGCACUCUUGCAGUAUGCAGACUGUGUAAGUACAGAAUUGUUUCUCUGAAUUCUGUUGCAUGAAUGCUGUCUUUGAAAAUAAUUACAUUUGUUUCAUUUCCUGUUGUGUUUAUGAAAUAUUUUUCAUUUAUGCUAAUGACAGGUUUCCAUGCUUCCAAAGUUCAAACUAGCUUUGUUUGGGGAGUGCAGGUGUUGUACAGGUAUUGAGCAGGGAAUGAAAAGUUUGUAACUCUCCAAGUGCUGAGAUGAUGUUUAAGUUCUUCCUUUCUGGAAAUUCAGGGAAGUCUGUAAGUUGUCAGUUGGUUCACUCUGGCCAUUUUGGACAGUUAAGAGAUGGGAUUCACUGCAAAAUGUAUUGUUGUGAUAGCUUCCUAUAGUGUGUAGGUAAUAAAUGAAACCAAAUGAAUUAAGAAUGCUGUUUUACAGUAUGAAGUUGCUUUGAUUCACUUACCUUCUUAUGUUCUUGAAAAGAAUUGCAGAACGUAAAACUCAGAAUGUGCAUACUGGGUCUGUAUUUCUGCAACGUGUUGAGUACUGUUUAAAUGUUAAUAAAUUGGUAUCCGGCUGUUUAAUGUAUUCCAGCUUUUGCUUUGACUUCUCUUCCCCUUCAUGUCAUUUUGAAAAAUUUUGGCUUUUGGUAGUGGUUCAUUUUAAAUCAAACAAAAUCUUUGUUAAUUUCAAAAGAUAAAAAUAGCCUGUUGUCCAAAAUCAGCAUAGGGCUAAUUUGUCUGUUGUCUUGAUGGUCAUAUGUUCUGUACUGUACGCAAUGAAACAGUUUCAGUAAAUGUAAGAAUACACUGUGCAAUCUAUAUUUAAGCAAUAAAAUAAACCAAAAUGUAAAUA